AUGAAAAGUGGACUGCGCAUCGCCUUAUGCGCCUCACUCCUGCUGUGUUUCUCACUGUGGCUCCUAGAGUCCCACCUGCAGGAUUUGUGCAACCAGUAUCGCGCGGGCUCGUACCUGGCGGAAUGGCUGGACUUGAAAGAGGCGGGCCCAGCCCCGACGAUCGGCGAGGGCACUCCCGGUGACAAGGUGAUUGUCAUGGCCAAGUUGGAAGAAGAGCACACCGAAUGGGUAGAAGAGGAGCUCCCAGACUGGCAACGCGCCAUUUACACAGUCAACCCAUCCCCCGAGUCAGGCGCCGACCCAGAACGACUCACAACUCCCUCAAACAAGGGCCACGAGUCCAUGGCCUACCUCUCCUACGUAAUAGACCACUACGACGACCUCCCCUCGACAAUCGCCUUCCUCCACUCCCACCGCUCAGGCUUCCUCCUCGCCUGGCACGUCGACGCCCCAUUGCACGACAACGUCGCCGCGAUGCGCAUGCUGAAGCUCGACUUCGUCCAGCAGAACGGCUACGUUAACUUGCGCUGCAACUGGAAUCCCGGCUGUAAGGAAUCUCACCGCUACAACCGCCACGUCACAGACCAGGUGUGGUACGAUAUCUUCGAGGGGACCAGUACUCCGGCCUUGAAUGUCUCCGAGGGCAUCUCGCCCGCGACCGAGUGGCAGCCCGAAGCACCGGCGCAGACAUACCUGCGCAAGCCGGACCAGAUCGGCGCCGCGUGCUGCGCCCAGUUUGCUGUCUCGAGUGAUCAGGUGCGUCGCCGUCCGCGUGAGGACUAUAUCAAGAUCAGGCAGUGGGUGCUGGACACCGAACUGAACGAUGCCUCGUCCGGCCGCGUGCUGGAGUUCCUGUGGCAUGUCAUUUUUGGCAUGGAAUCCGUCUACUGUCCCGAUGAGGAGGUAUGUUAUUGCCAGGUCUAUGGACGCUGCUAG